CUGAAGAUAUUGUCCUUUGAAUGUUUGCUUUGACAGAUUUUGAUUACUAACACACAGUGCCUGACAUAGUCAUUCAUUACUGAGCUGAACUAAUAUUUGUUUCUAUACUUAUCCUCUAGAAGUUUGUAUACUUAAUUUUGUAAAUGUAAAUGGUAACAAGUAUUGGUGUAGAAAUCUGAAGGUAUACAUGUUAUUCUUUGAAUGUUUGCUUUGACAGAUUUUGAUUACUACAACACAAUACCCGACAUAGUCAUUCAUUCAUUACUGAGCUGUAGGAACAUUGUCGGUAUAUUGCUGUAAUGGUUUCAAUUGUCACUACACUGCACAAGCAUCUGUGAGAAUGCUUUUCAUUAUGUUUUGGUUUUGCCUGCCAUUCAUCACACGAGUUAUUGCAUUGUAUUGACGUUUCAGCUUCUCCUCGCACCGUUCGUGUGUAUGUGUGUGUGUGGAUCUGCUUUAACCGCUAUCGUCUUGGCACACAUGGAGCAUUGACAUAGACACACACAGUCAUUUGUUAUGCAUGUGCAGCUUUCCCAGUUUGAAAUCGAAUGCUUCUGUUCUAUCUCACUCUCUGUAGUGUUGUAUGUUAAAUGCUCUCUAUAGCUUUGGACUGAUUUUUUUUUUUUUCAAACGGUAUUUUCACGACACUGGUUGCUGAUAGUGGUUUCCUUCUUAUUCUCAAAGCCCACGGUUUUUUCCCCCCCAUUUUAAUGGGAGACGGAGACAUGGGGGAUUUGCCAGUGAAUAAUAAAGGCCGGCAAGACAAAUGGUUUGUUGGAGGGAUGGAUGCCGCCAUAGAAGGGUGACUGCUAAUGACAGGAUUACACCAGUGAUCGCUGCUGAUUACCACUCAUUCUCCCAUUCGGUUGGAAUACAGCCAUCACUGCAUGUGUGAAAAGGAGACAACGAAACUCGACCGGUAGUGACUUUGUGGAUCUCUGUGUGACUUGACUCUGUGGAUCUUUGUGUGAAUCGACUCUGUGGAUCUGUGUGUAACUUGACUGUGGAUCUGUGUGUGACUGAACUCUGUGGAGACUCUGUGGAUCUCUGUGUGACUCGAUUCUGUGGAGCUCUGUGUGACUUGACUCUGUGGAUCUGUGUGUGACUUGACUGUGGAUCUCUGUGUGACUCAACUCUCUGGCUCUCUGUGUGACUCGACUCUGUGGAUCUCUGUGUGACUCGACUCUGUGGAUCUGUGUGUGACUCAACUAUGGAUCUCUGUGUGACUCGACUCUUGUGUGACUCGACUGUGGCUGUCUGUGUAACUUGACUCUGUGGAUCUCUGUGUGACUCAACUCUGUGGAUCUCUGUGACUUGUGUGUUCUCGACACACAAUCACUAUAAUGCACUUGAGUCCAAACUGUUGACAGUGACUCAUCUCCCCCCACCUCCCCCUGAUUCCUGCGCAAUCCCAUUCAAGUGAUUCUCCAUCAAGAUUCUCGUGUAGUGGAGAGGACUAACUCAGUGCCAAUCUUGGAAUUCACUGCUGGGACUCACACACACAUACUCCAUACACACCAUACAUUUUUGAGUGUGAGGGGAUUUUCACAUGGUUCUAUAUAGAGAAUUCUGUUUACUGGUGGUUUCCUGUUCCCGAUCACAUAAGCUCAACUAAGAGUGGAUUUCUAUGACUCGUGACUAAGAACCAGUGGGAGACAGACCAGAUAUUGAUGAGCUGUCAAGACAGAGAAUAAGACAACUAUAGACAUUGAAGAGGACAAGUCUAGCUGGAUUAGAUAGCUAGACAUUAAGGAGGUUACAACAACUAGACAUCGAGGAAGUUAAGUCUAGCUAGACGUCGAGGCUGCAGGAUGCACGUGCAGUGGUAAAAAGUCCUUGGCCAAAAUGUUGGUUGUAACACUGGGAGUUUUCUCCAUGAUUCUCGGAUUAUUGAGCAGACUCAUCUACAGUAUUUCCCUGGGGCACCCCCUCAACCACCUGGUCAUCGACAAUGAGACGGGCACCGUCUAUGUGGGUGCCGUCAACCGGAUCUACCAGCUGGACUCCAACCUCCGGUUACUGGUGGAGGUGCAGACCGGCCCCCGGAAUGACAGCCCCAACUGUCUACCCCCUCCCGAUCCCUGCUCCUACUCCACACACGAGACUCAGAACUACAACAAGAUCUUAGCCAUCGACAGAAACCGGAAAAAGCUGGUAACGUGUGGGAGCAUCUACCAGGGAUCGUGUGAAACCAGAAAUUUAGCAAAUGUUUCAAAAAGUAGAACUUACUAUGUAGGUAGCCAAGUGAAUGAUUUUGCCGUAGCUGCGAAUGAGCCUAAUGCGUCAACAGUUGCAUUCAUUGCACCGGGACCCCAGGGAUUUGAUGUUCUGUAUGUGGGAACGACGUACACGGGUGGAACAAUGGAGGCUCGCUCGUACCGUGAUGAUGUUCCGGCCGUCAGCAGUAGAAGUUUGGACCGGAACCGGUUCUCGUUUGCCGAAGUCAGCAAUGCACUGCAAGGACUGUCGUCAUCCAUCUACCUGAAACGGCAGGUGAUGUCAAACUAUCUUAUCAAAUACGUGUCAGGAUUCAGUUCGGACAAAUUCAGCUACUUUCUGACGGUACAGAAGGACUCUGUUGAUGAAAGCCGCGCCAUCAAGAACGUGUCGAAAAUCAUUCAGCUCUGUCAGAACGACCCAAAUUUCUUCUCCUAUGCAGACAUCCCUCUCCGCUGUUCACAUGGCAAGGUGGAUUACAACAUGGUGCAGGGGUCGGCCAUCAUCCGGCCGGCGCAGAGACUGAGGCAGUCGUUUAAGGGUCUGUCCAAUGAGGAUGAUGUGUUGGUGGCGCUGUUCUCGCGACGCACGGAGAGCGGAGAGAAGAAGACAAAUUCGGCAAUCUGUGUGUAUUCCAUGAAGGAGGUGCGGGCGAAAUUCUUAGAGAAUAUUAAACUGUGUCACCAAGGCAAUGCAUCGGUCAGUGGUGGAGGGUACCUGAGAGUGGGUCCGCAAGGGAACUGUAAUCAACAGAGUGGCCUGGUGCUGCAGAACGUAGAGGACCCGUACAAGUACCUGUGUAACAUGCACCUCGAGAGUUUCUCCAUGGUGGUCGGCAUCAGUCCGCUGGUGAGCUCCCCCAUCAAGGUCUACCUCGACACCAUCCUCACGUCCAUCGCCCUCACCACCGUCAACGAACACACCGUCGCUUUCGUCGGAACCUCGGACGGAUUGGUGAAAAAGAUUGUGCUGGAUUCAUCAAUCAAGUCGAGAGAAUAUUCCGAGAUUGUCGUGGAUCAGGGAAGUUCUGUGAAUCAGGACAUGCAUUUUGACAGGUUGCAUGAACACAUCUACGUGAUGACUCGGAACAACAUCACAAAGUUGAAGGUACACGAGUGCAACAGUUACAAAAGCUGCAGUGAAUGCCUGGUAGAUGGAGAUCCAUACUGUGGCUGGUGCUCCCUCGAGAAAAGGUGUGCGUUAAGAGAAGACUGUGCUAAUGCUAAAGACAAGAGUUUGUCUCGCUGGCUUCACGGCAGCUCCAACCAGUGUAUCUCCAUCACAGAAAUCUCACCAAGGACAGCUUCCGUCAGCAAGAUAGAACAGCUGCAUCUGACAAUUCAACAGUUGCCACAGACGACCACCUACAGCUGUGUGUUCAAGGAACUCAACUGGAGCACACAGGCGGAGUUCUGGUAUUUUGGGGCAAGGUGCUCAACUCCAGACUUUGAGGCUUUAGGCGUAUCAAUUAGCGAAGGAUUCCGCACUAUAACCCUGGCUCUGAACUCGAGUGAGACGGGAAAACUGUUUGUUACAAGGAAAUUCACUUUCUACAACUGUAGCAACUUCAAGACCUGUUCGCAGUGUACCGACUCUGCAUUUGAGUGUAACUGGUGUGUGUAUGACAACGGCUGUUACCAUAACACCAUGAACUGCCAGCCUGAGAUCAUUGGAGGAAUGACUAGUAAACUGCAGAGUCUAAAGGGUUCGCUGCACUGUCCUCGCAUCGAUACCGAGCAGACGGAUGCGAUAUACCUCCCUGUUGGAAUACGCAAACCGGUUCUCUUCAAGGGCUACAACUUUCCUGAACUCAAACCAAGUCUUGCUAAUUACAAGUGCGUCAUAGACACGGGUGUUCUCAAGUACGAGGCUCCGGCCGAGCGACUGGACGCCAGCCACAUCACGUGCACCAUCCCAGCCAUCGAGUACCAGGCGAACAUCGGCACACUGGAGGCUACAGUGUCCGUGUACUGGGGAACCAACUUCUACCUGGAGACCACCAGUCAGCUCAUCGCCACGAUCUACAAGUGUCACGUACUGGCGAACUCUGAGUGUGGUUUGUGUCUCAACCUGAACUUCACCCGGCCCUACCUCGAGUGUCUGUGGUGUGACGGGACCUGCAAGUACAACACCUGGUGCCAGACCCCCAGUAUCGUCGCCUGCCCUGCUCCUGAGAUUCACAAUGUGUACCCACUGUCCGGCCCCAUACAGGGAGGCACUAACGUGACCAUAGUGGGCAAGAAUCUUGGUGCCACCUUUGAGCAGAUAGAGAAUGCUGUGUCGGUCGCUAGUGUGAAGUGUAUGCCCUACCGCUCAGAGUACUCUCCAUCAAGAAGAAUUGUGUGUCGGACGGACUGGCGAGGACAGAUAGCUGAUGGUUACGUUACAGUCCGGAUUGGAUCGGCCCAGGCCAAAUACGACAAACCUUUUCACUACAGGAGCCCAGUGCUGACAUCUAUUAAGCCAUCAAAUGGUCCGAAAUCCGGAGGAAGCAGAAUCACCAUAUAUGGACGUGACCUAAACACUGGCAGUAAAAUAGAGGCCAGCUUUGGCAAUGAGCGAUGCAUUGUGGACAAGUCCUCAGUGACAGCCACAUCUCUGGUGUGUGUCACGAAGGAAGUGCCGGACGCCACCCCCAGGUCUCCCAUUAAGCUGUUUUACGAUGGCCGCGAGUUCAUCCUCUCCAGAGAUUUCUUCUACCGAGAGGACCCAGUCAUCGAGAGAAUCAACCCAUUGAAAAGCAUUGCAAGUGGUGGCCGAUAUCUGAAUGUGCAUGGAAAGCACUUCCGCUACAUCCAGAAGCCACAGAUGUUUGCUUACAUUCCUGCUGUUAACAACCAGUUUAUCACCACCAAGGCCACAGAUUGUUAUGUUCUGAAUGGUGCCAUCAUGCAGUGCCCGACUCCUGCCCUACCAGCAGCAGUCCGAGAUCAGACCCGUCUGAAACGUUCAUCAUGGAGCAGUCCAUCCAAGAGGUCCGUGGACACACUCAAAGUGCAGCUGGCCUUCAAGAUGGACUGGGUGAAGUCCGUGCUCAACCUCUCGGCAUCAGCGGCCGAUUUGGAUUCAACCAUGCAGUAUUAUCCCGACCCAGUGGUCUACAACUUCACCGAACAACAUGGUGUUAAAACGUUCAAGGGAGAGCUUUUGAUCAUUGAGGGCAAAGAUCUGACACUAGCAGCUGAAAAGCGUGACGUCUUGGUUCUGAUUGGCCAGAAGCUAUGCAACGUGACAACGUUGUCAUCAACACAGAUUGUGUGUCUUCCUCCCCCAGAACAACCCCCCGGUGUGGACAACGAGGGCAAGGCAGACAAACAAGAACUACCCCAUGUUGUGGUGAGCAUCAACAACUUGCGGUUCCCGGUUGGGAGAGUUGAGUACGAUGUUCCCGAGAAGUUCAGUUUUCCGAAGGAGGCCAUUGCCGCGAUCGCUGCUGGCGGGGGUUUCCUCCUGCUCGUUAUUGUGCUCAUCCUCAUCAUCUACCGCAGACAGAGCACCAAGGCCGAGCGCAUCUACCUCAAGCUGCAGAUCCAGCUCGACAACCUGGAGAGUAAUGUCCGGAAUGAAUGUAAACAAGCAUUUGCCGAGCUACAGACGGACAUGACCGAUCUUACCGGAGAUAUUGUGUCCAGCGGGAUUCCGUUCUGGGAUUAUCACUCCUACACGUUCAAGGUCCUCUUCCCUGGGAUGUCCGACCACGUCAUACUACACCCACCACUGCAGAAAAAUGGUCGGUUCCGGUUCUCGGACCAAGGUCUACAGCAGUUCCAACAACUUUUGAAUAAGAAGACAUUCAUCUUGAUUUUUAUUAGAACUCUGGAAAACCAGCGAGGAUUUAGCAUCAGAGACAAAGUGAAUGUUGCCUCUCUUCUUAUCAUCAUCUAUCAAAGCAACAUGGAGUAUGCCACUGAAAUAUUAAAAUGUUUGCUGACCGAAUUGCUGGAGAAAUCUGUUGCUGGACGUCAUCCCAAACUGAUGUUAAGAAGGACAGAAUCGGUUGUAGAAAAAAUGCUGAGUAACUGGCUGGCAUUGUGUUUGUACAAAUAUUUAAAGGACCAUGCAGGUUCGUCACUGUUCAUGCUGUACAAAGCCAUCAAACUUCAGGCGGAGAAGGGACCUGUGGAUUACGUGACGGGGGAUGCCCGGUACUCACUGUCAGAGGACAGGCUCCUCAGAGAGAAGAUAGAGCCCAAAACACUGAUGUUAAACGUGGAGCACAAUGGGGAGAUAAUCCAGUGUCGAGUGUUAGACUGCGACACUAUUACACAGUCGAAGGAGAAGAUGUUGGACUUACUGUACCGCAACAUACCGUUCUCACAGAGACCAUUGGUACAUGAACUUGACCUAGAGUGGCGCAAUGGUCCUAUUGGUCCGGCCAUGCUGCAGGAUGAGGAUUCGUCAUCCUCCAGUAAGGAUGGCUGGCGUCGCUACAACACAUUACAGUACUACAAAGUGACAGACGGCGCUUACAUGUCGUUGAUACACAAACAACAGACCAUCAAGUCUCUAAAUGGUUCCAUAGAUAACUGUGUGAUGUCUGUGAAUUCAGCUUACCCUAUCAUGAAAGUUGACAAAGACCCAGGCAUCAGGCACUGGCAUCUGGUGAAACACGAAGAUGUCCAUGUGAAAGAUGGUGGAGUGAAGAUGAUAUCAGAAAUCUUCCUUACCAGACUGCUGUCAACCAAGGGUACUCUACAGAAGUACAUUGAUGACUUCUUCAAGACCAUGUUGGUGAUGAGCAACACCAUGCCCCCUGUGAUAAAGUAUCUCUUCGACUUCCUCGAUGAAGCGGCUGAAAAAUACGGCUUGACAGACCAAGACAUCGUCCACACGUGGAAGUGUAACAGUUUACCGCUCCGGUUCUGGGUGAACAUCAUCAAGAACCCAGAUUUUGUGUUUGAUAUUUACAAGCCCCACAUCGUGGACUCCUGUCUGUCUGUGGUAGCUCAAACUUUCAUGGAUAGUUGUUCCACCUCGCAGCACAGGCUGGGAAAGGAUUCCCCAUCCAAUAAGCUGCUGUUUGCGAAAGAUAUCGUCCACUACAGAAAGUUGGUGGAGAAGUAUUUCACAGACGUCCAAGACCAGCCACCCAUCAGUGAUCAGGACAUGAACUCCUUCCUGGCAGAAGUUUCUCGGAUGUGUUCGGGAAAAUUUUAUAUUUCAAGUGCACUUCGAGAGCUUUACACUUACGUAUCCAAAUAUAGCAAUGAGAUUCUGGAUGCAUUAGAAAUGGACAAUGUUGCAAAUGCCCAGCAAUUGGCUGGCAAACUGGGUCAAGUUAUAACAGCAAUGGAAGGAUCAUCUGGCAAGAUUGCCUAUGUCUGAUAACAGAAGCUGUUUGAAAUUUUCAAAUGUGAUACUAAAAUGACUGACUGGUCCAUCAAAUUCAAGACUGCAAGAUACCGUUUCUGCAAGGAAAACAUAAAACAAGACAUAUUGGCUGUGUCAGAAAUCCGAUUGGUUUAAUUUAAUAUUUAUGUGCCGAAAUUGUUGAUUUGUCGCAGUCACUGAUUGGUUCCUGCACUAAUAUUCCAAUUUCUGACUGAUUUAGGUACGGAAAUGCUGAUUGGUUUAGAUGUGUGUUGGUAUUAACCAAUUGGUUCUGGCACAGGAGCAGUUACGGAGCCUAUUUCCUGUGAUGGAGCUGCUGUAGUAUUGCCGAACUGACCACAUGUCUUUCAUUGUUGCCUGAAAAACACCCAUGCUCUGACACUACUGGAUGCACAUUAUUCAGGCAGUAUUAUGGGUUUAUGAAUUCUUGCCUUUGGAAACCAUUUUGAUGUUUUUUUUAUUGGACAAAUGUACAAAUGCUUCACAU